CUGGUCAACUCUCGCGUUGACCCUCAUGUCUUCGCUCAUCAGACUGAGAACCCGCCCUUCCGACCGCCAGCACAUCUCUCCGGCACUGGCGAGCCCGCCCUCCACCCAGCUACGGUUCCCCAGGCAAUUGCGACGUACCAUGCAGUGACCAGCGGUCUCGUUGAUCUCUUUGACCAUGUGCGCCUCGUGGAUGAGAUCAGCGCCUGGGCCCAACAGAGCCAUCGAUCACAGGAUGUCGUAUCCGCCGCUUUCUAUCUCGUCCUCGCCAUAGGCUAUCAGUCCGCAGAAGAGGAUCUCUCUUCGGCGUACUUCGAAUACGCACGAAACACGGCAUUAACGAAUCUCAGUGGCAACAUCAAUGUCCCUACGAUUCAGACGUUUAUACUGGUGACGCUUUAUAUGUUGGGCUCUUGUCAAAUGAAUGGGGCGUUUCUGUUUUUUGGUAUUGCGGUACGGGCAGCCUACUCUAUCGGUAUACACCGCACUGAGAUAAAUUCUCGCUUUGGCCCAGAGAUUCAAAGGCAACGAGACCGGUUAUGGAAGAGCCUUCGUGUGUUGGAUCUAUUCCUCAGCACGUCGAUGGGUCGACCACCUGCUACCUCAGACGUGGACUGCAGUGUACCUUAUCGAGCUGUGGAUGACAUUAACGGACAAGAAACGUUCGAUAUCCUCAACGCUUCAGCCCAAAUCUUCCUCAUCACAGAGGGCAUAGUCGUUGAGGUUUACUCAAGAAAGAAAGUCUCCUACCAAUUGACGGAGGGUAUCUCGAGACAGCUGCGGGACUGGUCUAUCCGGUGGCUCCAAAGGCUGAAAGAGGUCGUAUCAAAUCCCUCCGCAGUGGAAGACCCAACUGUCAUACUAGUGUCAAGGCCGUUUCUCAUGUACGAGCUUCACAAGCGGCUGGCAGAAGGACCAGCUGGAAAUACUUCGAGCCGGCCUGGUCUUAUCUCCGGCAAGUCUAAGCUUGCUGACGCCUGCAUCGAUGCCGCGAGCUUUAUGGUUGAUAUUCUGGUGGGCUUGACAGAAAGAGGAUUUCUCAGAGCGCAGAUGCCACUCAUCGUAUCAUGGCUGUUUGCAUCCUCUCUCAUCUUGGGUGUCGGGCUACUGGGAUCAUUCGGCCGCAUACUCGAAAAAUACACCCGCAACUCGAUCAUGGUCUUGGAGCACUUCGCGAAGAAAGACGCGCAUGCCUCGCAGUACUCUCUCAUCGCAAAGUCCCUCCUCAACGCGGCCCUCGACUACCUCGAAAAGAAAGAACUUCAAGAAAGACUCCAGAGGACCGAGAGCUCGUCACAACUGUUCGGGCUCAUGCCCCGUGACAGCGCGGAGUCCGAACAGACCCCCCAUUCCGCCGCUCACGACCAGACUCCAGCGGCCUUGGGCGCGGAUAGGCAAGCGGCAGUCAAAGCGACGAACUCGGUUUCGAACUUCUUGGGUCUCGGGUCGCCCUCGUUCGCAGAUAUGGAUGCCUCGUUUUUGAGUUUAUCGAGCUCGCUGCCGCGUACGCCGGAUUUGUCGGUGCUGGACGGCAGGAUCGAUGGCGACCACGGCUUUGGCGACCUCAAUCUUUUCCAGCUCCUUGAUGGAGAUGGGCAUAUUGAUCUUGGGCCGUAUAUAUGA